ACCUAGCUAGCUUAUAUAGUGUGAGCGUUGGUGGGAGAAAUUGAAAUAACAUAUGUAUAGUAAUCAAUUAGUUAAGGAGAUCGAAGAGCUAGCAUGGCUAGGGGCAAGAUUGUGAUUAGGAGGAUUGAGAAGAUGAGCAGCAGACAGGUCACCUUCUCCAAGCGGCGUCAUGGCCUGAUGAAGAAGGCACAUGAGCUGGCAAUCCUCUGUGAUGUCCAGGUCGGUGUCAUCGUCUUCUCCUCCACCGGUCACCUCUACGAGUAUGCCAGCUCCACCACCACCACCACCAUGGGCAUGCCUUCCAUCAUUCAUAAGUACCAAUCUGCACAGGAGAACCACCAGCUGUUGAAUCCAGUGUCACAAAUCAUGGAAGCUAAUGGGGGAGAGAUUAUCAAACCUAGGAGUCAACGACUUGUGUUUAUUGGAAAAUCAACUAGAGAAGAGCUUACGUUGUAUUAG